UCGUUCGCUGGUGGGGUCUGGCGUUCCUUUUGCUCCUUGAUGAUUGCCCGCCGUGGUACACCCGGGUACGUAGACUGUGAUUUUCCGUACGUGGUAGAGGUGGUCGGGUGAGUGGGCGGCACACACUGGAAGGAUCCUCUCGCAGGAACUUCGCUAUUGGCAGAAUAUUCAGGAACACGGAAAGAGCGUUACAGCGAAGGAAUCCCUCCGGAGAAGUCGAUGGUCGCGGGAAAGAGCAGAAGUUAAGGUGGUGAUUAGCGCACGAGUAUGGAAGGAUUGUGGGAUAAGUAGUGGGGAGUUGUCGGCUUCACACACAGGGAAUGGGGGGAGUUAUAGAACUUCUUUCUCUACACUUGGGGGUGGGCUCCUCCCUCCUCCCUUUCCAAGUUGCAAAGCAAAGCGGAGCAAAGUAAGAUGCUCCUCCACGAUCUCGAGUCUGAAGCUUGAAGGCUGAAAGAGAGAUAGAGAGAGAGAGAGAGAGAGAAAGCUCUAAACUACUGCGAAGAGACGAGAGAUGAAGACGAGCAAGCUUCGCAAAGCCAGCUAAAGCUACAGGUGUCUGUGGUCGUGGUUCUGGAAAGGGAAAAAAGGAAAGAGAGAAAAUGGUGUCUGGCUGUGAGGAUUAUACAUCCUCACAUCAUCAUCGCUCCACCACCACCAGCACCACCCCAGGUGCGAGCGUCCAUCACAACUUCUACCUCGAAGACUCUCGAGCCGGCGCCGCAAGCUCUCGAGCUGGCGCUGCCAACUCUCGCUGCAACAAGCAGACGAUCAACGCCGGUGACAAUCCAUGCCGCUUCCAGUCGCCACUUCCGUACAUGCUCGCCGGCCUCGCGGCCAUGGUUUUGCUCGUCGUCAUCUCGCUUAUGAUCCUGGCGUGCUCAUAUCUCCGGGGCUACUUCUCCGAUUCGAAUGGUGGCUCCGGUGGUUCUUCCGGUUCUUCCUCGGCUCCAGGCAGCGAUCCCGAGAAUCCCAAGGCAGCGAGCUUGCAAGCCUUGCACAACGGAUUUGCGGCUUCUCCCGAGAAGAUUGUAGUCAUCCUGGCGGGGCAGGACAAGCCCACGCAUCUGGCUCAGCCGAUCCAGGUGACGAACAAGCUCGAUCUCGAUCGGUCCUCGUCUGCCAGUGAAGGUGACGAGGAUGGCGAUGCACAAAAAGGAGAUCGAGACGAGAAGAACUCAAAGAGGAAGAAGAAGAAGAACGCUUCCUCCUCCUCUUCGUCUCUGGAAGAUGAUUCAUCCAGCAAUGACGUCGAUUCGCAACAGGUAUACGACCGAGUUUAAAGUUUGAUUCCCGGAAAAAUCUGGAUCCAUAAAGAAGAAAAUUCCACAACACAGGGAUAGUUCUCUUCGUCUUGAUCGUAGCUGUGUCACGAUUGUACGGCAUUUUGAGCCUAGUACUGCCGGGUUUUAAUCUUUUGUGGUGGUGUGUAUUUUUUUUUUUCAAUUUCAUUUCCUUCGAUCAUA